UUCAAAUUUUGGGGUCGGUAGUGUAUAUCAAAUGAAGGAAACUCCUUGCUCUUCAGCUCUCUCCUUCUCUUUUCAUUUCUCUGCGAUCUAAAUUUGUAGCUUUUAACCAGCACGGAUCUCUCUUUUCCCUCCGAUCUGUCUAAACCCGUGAGAGCUUUCAAUCCAUCUGCUCUUUAUCUAUUUUCAACAGCACGUCUCUUUUCUUCAAAUCUUUUUCCUCUCUAGGGUUUCCAAAGUCACUUCCCCUCCCCAAUCGGAAAAAAAGAAAAAAAUUAUUCAGGUUCUGCAAAUUCUUUUGAAUGACCUUGCUAUGACAAGUGAAUUAUGACAUCAAGUAUGUUGAAUGGAGAGAGAAGAUGGGCAUCUGGAAGAAGAAGUGGCAUGACUGUGUUGGGGAAAGUUGCUGUUCCUAAACCUAUCAAUUUACCAAGCCAAAGGUUAGAAAAUCAUGGUGUGGACCCAAAUGUUGAAAUUGUUCCCAAGGGUACCCAUAGUUGGGGCAGUAGAUCUUCUUCUUCUGCAUCAAAUGCAUGGGGUUCUUGCUCUCUAUCUCUAAAUGAUGAUGGUGGUACUGGUUCACCCAGCCAUCUUAGUGGCCGCCCUUCUUCUGGUGGAAGUAGCACUCGACCAUCAACUGCGAGUAGUGAAAAAGCCCGUGAACCUAUUGUUAGUGCAUGGGGUACAACUUCUAGGCCAUCAUCAUCUUCUGGAGCAUUGCCAUCAAAUCAGACAUCACAUGCAGCUUUGCGUCCUCGUAGCGCAGAAACAAGACCUGGUAGCUCACAAUUAUCACGGUUUGCUGAACAUUUGUCUGAUAAUUCAGUGGCAUGGCAUGCAAUGGGAACAGCAGAUAAGUUGGGAGUAACAUCCUCUAAGAAUGAUGGGUUUUCCCUGACUUCUGGAGAUUUUCCAUCCCUUGGAUCAGAAAAGGACAAUUCUGGAAAGAAUCUGGACUCUCAAGAUCAUGAUUCUUUUGGUCGUCCAGGCUCAUCUUCUGCUGGAGUAGCAUCCAGGAAGGAAGGGACUGAGGAUUCCGCAGGUGAUGUUUCUGCACAUGCAAAUGUGAAGAGUGGAGCUGAAGGUUCCUGGAGAAGAGAAAAUGUGUAUGGUGAAGAUGGAGCCAGGCCCAGUGUCGAGAAGUGGAAUGCUGAUUUCCAACCAUAUCCUAAUUCUAGUAUCCCUCCUCAGCAUUAUGAUGUGUGGCGUGGUCCUCCUGUUAACAAUCAUCCAGGUGCGGUUUGGGGUAGAGGACCUCCAGGAUGUCCACCAUUUCGGUCCCCAGUUGCCCCCGGUGGCUUUCCCAUGGAACCAUUUCCUUACUACCAUCCACAGAUUCCUCCUCCUGCUCUUGCCAAUCCACAGGCAGUUCCUCCACCAGGAGCUGGUCCCAGAGGGCCCCACCCAAAAAAUGGGGAUCUGUACCGGCCUCAUAUGCAUGAUGCUUAUAUGCACCCAAACAUGCCGCUCAGACCUAGUUUUUAUCCUGGACCAGUGCCUUAUGAGGGCUACUAUGGUCCUCCCAUUCCCUACUGCAAUCCCAAUGAACGUGACGUUCCAUUUAUGGGAAUGGCAAUGGGCCCUGCUACGUAUAACAGGUACCAUGGUCAAAGUAUUCCUGAUCCUGGCAAUUCUCAUGGUAGAACAAGUGGAUAUGGGCCUAGUAGUAAGGCAAUGAUUUUGGAUCAAGUGGAACCCGUUCAUCCUCAAGAUAGUCAACAACCAUACAAAGUUCUUCUGAAGCAGCAAGAUUGUUGGGAGGGUAAAGAUGAAGAGCAGAAGUUUGAUGACGCUAUGAAAACGAAUGCAUCAUAUCCUCUGAAGGGGGAGCAUACGAGGAAGUCGUCAUCAGGGGAGAAUGGCUGGAGGGCAGAUAGCAAGAAGGAUCAUGAGUUUGACACAAGAAGAAUGGCAUUUGCUGAAGAAUCUUCUUCUGGGGCUGUUGACAAUCAAAGAUUUGUCCCUACGAAAGUGAAAUCAUCUGAAAGUGGGCUGAAAAUGAACACAUCUGAUGUCAGUUCAGUUAAGAAAUUUGAACAUGCACCUUCUAAUUUUCCUCAAGAAUUGGCAGCUCCUAAAGGUUCCAGUCUGAUUCAGAAAAUAGAAGGUCUAAAUGCAAAAACCCGGGCUUCUAAUGGACGACAAGAUACUAAACCUUUCACUAAUAGGGAGGAGCAGAAUAGUAAAUUGCAAGCUGGUAAUGCCGUUGCUGGUCAUUUUACAAAUGAGACGGGUAUUGAGUCAAAUGAGAUGGGUAUUGACUCUUUAUCUCAUGAAGAGACUUGUGUCAGUGGAAUUAUCAACUCUGCCCCACAUGAAGACUGCUUUUCUGCUGGAGAUAGGAACCUUGAAUCAACAAUAGUGAGUGGAACAACAAUCCCCAGAAGGUGCACUCAUGGCAUGUACAGUAGAGCUGAUCAUCGUAGUAAAGGAAGAUUUAGUCCUCAAGAAGAUGAUGUGUGGCGGAAAAAAUCUCAAGUUGCAGAUCCACAAUGUCUAGUGUCAACUGCACAUUAUGAAAUUUCUUCUGUUCAUGGGCAAGACCAUAGUUCAGCGGAGGCUCCUCAGAAUUCUGUCUUGCAUCCUUCACUGAAGGAUGAGGGAGAAUCAAUGCCUCCUGCAUCUGAGCCAAGCGACAGCCAGCGUGCUAAGAUGAGAGAGCUAGCCAAGCGAAUUAAACAGCGAGAGAAGGAAGAGGAAGAAAGGACAAGGGAGCAGAGAGCCAAGGCUCUUGCAAAAUUGGAAGAGUUGAAUAGGCGUACACAAGCAGGGGAAGUUGGAACUCAGAAGUUGGAAAAUGUUCCUGCCUGUGCUAUCCAGAAUAGGCAAGAGGAAUCCUUAAAUCUUUCCCAACCAACCAUGGAUGCAAGCAAAUCUGGAGCACCAAGUUCUUCAUUUGGUUCCAAAACAAAGACUGUUGCACAGAGUAAACAGAAGUUGGAAACCAUUCCUAGUAGUGUUGUCCAGAAUAGGCAUGAGAAAGCCACUACUGCUGUUGUUUCUUGCAAGUCAAUUCCAUCAAGAUCGGCUCUGGGAUCCAACCUAAAUAUGGUUGUGAAUAGUGAAAUUAACAUGAAUGCAGUAGAGAAAUCUGUCAGUAUUACAACCAAUGUGCCUGUUGAGACACCAAAGGUUGUAAACAAUCAGUCCAUUGUGGUGCAUGAGCAAUUGAAUCCAUUCCAACCAGAUAGCAAUGGUGCUGAUGCUACUUACUGCAGUGGUACUCCACAGGUUCAUGACAGCAGUGCUAAGCAGAAGCGUACAGGCUAUAGACAAAAGCAAAAUAGCCCCUUGGAAAGAAAUUCCAAUGAGAAAUUGGGCUCUUCCUCUGGAACUGAGGCAUCAAAAAGCCAUGCUGAUAUAGCAGCUAAUGCUACUAUCUCUCCUCAGGAUGUUGCUGAUGAGAUUGAUUCAAUCUGUGAAUCAAAUUUACCUACGGUGGCAGCUGAGUCUUCAGUUCAUCAUAGAAGGAAGAACAAGAAUGGGAAGAACAAGCAGAGUGUGGAGGAGGCAUUGCCUGCAGCAGCUUUACCAUUAGUGGUAGCAAAAGAUGCUACUACUUCAGAGCCAAAGAGUUCCAACUCUUUGUUGGAUCCUAGCUCAGGUCAUUUCUCAACUGAUUCAAAGGAUGCAAAUCAAUCUUCAGAGCCGCAUUUAUGGCUAACAAAUGAAGAAACCAACAUCAGAGUGAAUAACCAGUGGAGAUCUCAGCAUCCUCGCAGGAUGAUGAAGAAUCCACAAGGUAAUAAAUCAAUUGAGAAAAGCCACAGUGGUGAUGCUGUUGUAUGGGCUCCUGUGCGAUCACAACAUAGAACUGAGGUUUCUGAUACAGCCAAUCAGAAUAGUUUAGUUGAGUCUGUUCUGUCCAUAAAGAAUGUUCAGCAGGUGCAGAAUAAUCCAAGAAACAAGAGAGCUGAAAUGGAGAGAUACAUUCCAAAGCAUGUAGCCAAAGAACUAUCUCAACAAGGUAGCAGUCAUCAAGCAGCUAUUCUCUCAUGUAAUCAGAUUACAUCAGAUGAAACUGCUGAAAGACACAAAUCUGGUUCUUUGGGCGUUGAAAGCUCCCUAAUCUCUGGCACGGCUACUGUGAUGUUUAGUCCUGCCAUGGCAUCCAGGAAUGGAGAUGUCAGGCACAAUAAGUCAGGAAAAAGACAUGGAGCAUGGCACCAACAUGGUGCAGCCGAAUCAACUACUUCAUAUCCGAGAAGCAGUUCUCAAAAUUCAGUCGAGGAUGAUCAGUGCCACAAAGCUGAUGUAAGUUCUGUAAACGAGCAACCAAGGGAUUCUGAUGAUUGGAAUGCUUCUGAUGGAUGGAACAUGCCUGAAAAUUCUGAUACAGCCUGUACUAUUCCUUGUUUAAAAGAUCAGGGUGUGACUGCCAGAGUAAAGCAGCAACCACACAAGGGUCAUAAGGGCACUGGAUACCAUCAUAAUCCUGAUAAAAUGUACAUUCAAUCCGUGGCUCCUGAUAGGCAUCAAAGAGAGUCACUUCUAGCUUCAAAAGAAAAUAAUUCAGCUGGGGAACGAUCCACAGCUCAUUGGCAGCCUAAAUCUCAGUCCAUUUCAGCCGCUAGUCAUCGUGGACGCCAGACAAAUAGCAGCAUGAAUGAAGGCAGUGAUGAUGGUAGGGCUAUUAAGGAGUCUACUCUGCAUGGAGGGCCACUCUUACCUCAGCCAGAUAGGGAUACUGCUGCAGUUGGGCCUCAGUCUAACUCUUAUCAUGAUCAGUCGCCAUCUAAAAAGAAUUUGGAAGAAGCUCCAACUAUUGGGCAAGAGCCUAAGGGGGAAAGGAAGAUGACUGCACAGAGAGGACGUCCUGGUAGCCCCUUUGAAUCAUCGUCUCCUAAUUUGGAUGUUCGGUAUGAGAAAUACAUGUCUUCAGGGUUCCACAAAAAUGGAAAUCAAUAUAGCCGUUUCAGUAGAAACCAUAAAUCUCCUGGAGAUAAGAGUGGAUCUAGGAAAGAUAGCAAGCAGCAUAAUGUACCUGCAGCCCGGGAAGGACAGAAACAUAAUUCACAUUACGAGUACAAGCCAGUUGGGCCCCACAAUAAUAACAAAGCAAACAACUUGGAACCCUCUGGCACAGGGUAUAGAGAGAGGGGCCAGGGUCACUCGAGGCGUGAUGCAGGCAACUUUUAUGGACGGCAAACUGGUAAUGUUCAAGUAGAUGCUGGUCAUGACUGAGGUGAAAUCUGGAGGGUUUUCUUUUGGUAAUGUCUAAGACCAACUUCCACAGAUAUUUCUGGCUCGAUCCUUUACACUUUCAGGUUGUUCCAGUACACUCAAGGUGCCAAUCUCUCUUGGACUAUUUUUCCAAUGACAGUUCCUGUUGUGUUGUAACUUUCGUAGUCCCAGGAGCUGGGCCGUUUCAGUCGUCACCUGAAACCCUAUGUUCGGAGCAGUCUGUGUUGCUGUGAGGAAAUACUCGGGGUAUGCAAAUGUUGCUAACUGUCUCAGAAGCUGAAAAAUUCCCUGUCCGCUUGAGCAGGUCUACAUGAACGAACACAACUUCUACAGAAAGUAAAUUUUCAUGCUCCACUUCUCAGUAUGAUUCUCUAUUCCAUAUCCUGGGGCGUGUCGAUGAAGUAUUGGCAGAUGUGAAUGCAACUGAGGCUUGCGAAUACAGUAAAUCCCCGGGUAUGCCAGUUUGACUGAAGUAUUUAUGUGCCUGAAGAAGCCAGUUAAAGAUCUAUAAUUGCAGUUAAUUAAGUUCCCUGUCUAUGUAGGACCUGAAACAUAUUAUCCCCUGUAUUUCAGUUCAGGCUUGUGUAUUUACAGUGGUGGAGCCGCCACCAGAAAAUUUUAAAAUCUAUUAUGUGGGGUUUUAGGUGAUUUUCCCUCGAACAUUAAAUAAAUAACUCUUCAAUCCUUCCAAAAA